AUGGACCUGGAUGAGACCCUGAUUGUAGUAAUCAUUCCUCAGGACAUGGUGACCUUCCCUGACGUGGCCGUGAGCUUCUCCCUUGAGGAGUGGCCAUGUCUGGACACCUCUCAGAGGAAGCUCUACAGAGACGUGAUGCUGGAGACCUACGAGCACCUUCGGGCAGUAGGCUAUUGUGGAGUGAAGCCAGAGCUGAUCUCCUGGAUAGAAGGAGAAUUCCUUGGGAGGCUGCCGAGAGGCGUGUUUGCAGAACCAAAGCCAGAAAUCCAUCUAUGUCCCUCCUGCUCUUUGGCCUUCUCCCAUCAGAAAAUUCUCUGUCGUCACAUGAGACAUUGUCACCCAUCUCGGAUCCUUCCCGGAACAUCUGUAAGAAAGCACCUUCAAUCAGAGAGUUUCAGUCCACGUGACAAGAACCAAUGGCAACCACAUUCUGAUCCAUAUAAUGACCAACCAAGGGAUGACAUAUUUGAAAAUCAAAAGCACAAAGAAAGCUCCAUGCCUUUGUCUAAGAAGAUUAGACAAAACAGAAUUUCAACAGCCUUUUCUAGCCUAUGUAACAGUCCAAUAGGGAGCUUUAAUAAACAUGAGAUUUCAAUGGAGAAGGAAAAGAAAGCAGACCAAAAGGGAAUUCCAAAGGACACAGGGAAAGUAGUUCCAGGCAUAGGAAUGCCAACAAUUUUAAGUGAAAAGUAUAGAAGACCUGGUCAUGGCUUCAGUGGUGAAUCUAAUCUCAUCACACACCAGAGCACUCAAGCACAGGAGAAGCCCCAUACUUGCAGUGAGUGUGGGCGAAGCUUCAGUCAGAGGUCAGGUCUCAUCAAACACCAGAGGACACACACAGGAGAGAAGCCCUAUGUUUGCAGGCAGUGUGGGCGAGGCUUCAGUCAAAAGUCAGGUCUUAUCACACACCAGAAGGCACAUACAGGGGAGAAGCCCCAUGUUUGUAGGGAGUGUGGACGAGGUUUCUGUCAGAAGUCAAGUCUCAUCACACAUAGGAAGACACACACAGGAGAGAAGCCUUAUGUUUGCAAGGACUGUGGGCAUGGUUUCUCUCAGAAGUCAGGUCUGAUCAGACAUCAGAAGACACAUUCAGGGGAGAAGCCCCAUGUUUGCAGUGAGUGUGGGCGAGACUUCAGUGAGAGGUCAAGUCUUAUCAUACACCAAAGGACACACACAGGGGAGAAGCCCCAUGUUUGCAAGGUGUGUGGACAAGGCUUCCGUGUGAGGUCACAUCUCAUCACACACCAGAGAACACACACAGGAGAGAAGCCCCAUGUUUGUAGGGAGUGUGGCCGAGGCUUCCGUCAGCAGUCAAUUCUCAUCACACAUCAGAGGAUACACACAGGGGAGAAGCCCUAUGUUUGCAGGGAGUGUGGCCAAGACUUCAGAGUGAAGUCACAUCUCAUCACACACUUGAGAACACACACAGGAGAGAAGCCCUAUGUUUGUAGGGAGUGUGGGCGAGGUUUCAUUACAAGGUCACAACUCAUCACACAUCAGAGGACACACACAGGGGAGAAGCCCCAUAUUUGCAGGGAGUGUGGGCGAGGAUUCAGUCAGCGCUCAACUCUCCUCACUCACCAGAGGACACACACGGGGGAGAAGGCCCAUAUUUGCAGGGAGUGUGGGCGAGGCUUCAGUCAGUCCUCAGGUCUUAUCAUACACCAGAGGACACACACAGGGGAGAAGCCCUAUGUUUGCAGGGAGUGUGGACGAAGCUUCAGUCAAGUGUCAAAUCUCAUUACACAUAAGAGGAUUCACACAGGAGAGAAGCCUUAUGUUUGCAGGGAAUGUGGGCGCGGCUUCAGUCGGAAUUCAGAUCUUAUCACACACCAGAGGAUUCACAUGGGAGAAGCCCCAUAUGUGUAGGGAGUGUGGACAUGGCUUCAGUAAGAAGCCAUAU